AUGUACGGUGAAAAUCGAUUUGAAACAGAAAUGGAAAUUGAAAAACUAAGUGAUUUUCUAAAGAAUUGUUGUCGUGUUUGUUUAUCGGUGGAGAAUGAAAUGGUGGAUGCAUCAAAUAUUGUGGAAAAUUUCAACAAGACAAUUGAUCAAUUGUUGUUCGAGUGCUUGUUUAAUGCCGAAAUGUUGUUCAGUGCAGAUGAUAGGUCACAAAGAAGACUCUGUGAACUAUGUACUACAGAACUUGUAAUGGUCGCAAAAUUUCGUGAAAAAUGUGAAAUGUCAGCAAAUGCACUGGAUCAAAUAAGGAGUCAAAUCACCAAAAUGAGCGAAGAACGUGAAACAUUCUACGAAAACAUCGUUGAAUAUGCCGAGGAAAAUGUCGAAUAUGUUAUCUACGACAUGGAUAUCGUCGAUGAAACACAGGAUUCUACUCAGAACAAGGAAGAAGAUAAUGCGAACAGCUGCAAUUAUGAGUCAAUGAAAAAGAAAUUUACACCGACUAAACACAAAAAUAAGCAAAGUGUGGAGGUUGGAAGCAACUUGAAGUCAACCAUUAAACAUCACUGUAAACUAUGUGGGGCCGGAUUUGCUCAAAUGAAUAAUUUUAAAAGGCAUUUAGAGACGCACAAUGAACACGACAAUGAACAAGAUUCUAUGAUGAUUGAUAACGUUGAAUGCAUAGAUGAGUGCACAACAAAAAAUGACCCACGACUACAUGGGGAUAUUUAUAAUAAAAAUUCGGCAGACAUGCAAAACAUAAAUAGGAAUAACAAAAAUCACGGAUGUCGGUAUUGUUAUCGCACCUUUCCUUCGCUAUCUCUAUUAGCCACACAUACUCGCAUUCACACCGGAGAACGCCCAUAUACUUGCAUAAUUGAUACUUGUACGAAAGCAUUCAAGACACAAGGUGCAUUAGACUUACAUGUUAGACGGCAUAGUGGAGUAAAACCAUACAAAUGUGAGGUUUGUAACCGUGGAUUUGUUGAAAGCAGCAAUUUAAAGGUGCACAUGAGAAUACAUACAGGCGAAAAACCGCAUCAGUGCAUUACCUGUGGUCGCAGUUUUUCGAGAGUUUUUCUCCUACAAAUACAUCAAAGAACGCAUUCUGGCGAGAAACCAUUUGGAUGCGAGGUAUGUGAAAAAUCAUUUGCACAGCAGGGAGAUUUAGCAGCUCACAAACGAAUACAUUCCGGUGAACGGCCGCACCGUUGUAAAGUGUGUCAAAAAGGUUUUAUUAAAUCUAGUGGGCUAACGCAGCAUAUGCGCCGACAUCUUAGACCAUCUAAAGCCAGCUCUAGCAGCAGCAGUAAUAAUGCAAAUAACGUUGAGCCCAUCGGAAAGAAUGAAGGUUUUAUUGAAAGUUCUGAAUCAUUUGAUGAGUUAGUUGUUUAAUGAUAAAGAGAUCUGGGUACAAAAUUGAUACGCAGAGAACUUUUUCAAUGGAUCUGUUGUAUAAAAUUUUCGCAAGAAAAAGACACGUGGAAAAUCUGAAAAAACUCUCCCAUAUCCUACACACACGCCUAGGAAAUCUAACUAUGAUUUUGACUUUACCUAUCGAUAAACUCGUUGAUUUUAAUUAUUUCAAUAAAAAUGUGCACAAAUUGAUUCAGAAAAA